AUGGGCCGCAGUCGCUCUGCGGAACAAACGGCCCGCGUGCUCCUGUCAAGCGCCAUCCGGCACGACACGUGGGAGUGCAAGGCGUCGAGCGACGCCGUGGGGGGCCGACUGUUCACGGCGCGGUUUGUGUGGGAGGAGUGGCCGAUGGUCCCUGAGCUUCAGUACGCGAUUGCACUUCACAUGACGUUUUACGACCGAGUGGCAUGCGCCUUCGUUGGGGCCACCUACACCGUGUUAAAGGACGCCCCGACGGAGCCACUCAUUUUCCAAAAUCGUGGAGAGAAUAUGCUGCUGGUUGUGGAGGUUGUGGCCCGCGAUGAGCGGCACAACGCCCUGCCUGAGGAACGGCGUGUGCUGAUGUGGGGUUAUGUCCCUCUCACGGAGGUGUGUACAUUGCGCACCAUUGAUUUACGUCCCGGUAGCGCUCAACUGCUGCAGCUGAACUCCACUUCAUGGCCCAGUAAUAAUCGUAGCGAAACAUAUUCUUUGAAAUACACAUGUGUGGAAGUAGAGGACGUUGUGUUGACGCAACUUAUGUCGCGUCUCGUGCCUCCUGGCGUCAUUGUAACGCAAAGUU